AUGUAUCCUCUUAGGCCGAUGAUACUGAACGAGUUUCCCAACUACGUUAUGGAGGAAAGUGACUACGAAAUCUUUUUGGUGGAUGACAAAGUUCAAGGGUCAAAGUAUCUGCCACUUAAAUUAGGUCCACCGGAUCAGGAGAUCACAUGUGAGUAUUUGGGAGACAUUCCCCCUUUUCCUCAAUAUUUCCGAAGAGGAAAAGCACCGCUUAAGGAUGCAGAUACAUUUACAAAUAGAAUUGUUGCCUCUCUCUUGUUUCCCAGUCAUUCUCCAAUACAACUCCCACUCCAGGGACUUUUGAAAGAUAACUUUUCUUCAGAUCCUCAUGAGAAUUCCUACGACGGGGCAGUGAUCAAAUAUGAACCCGAAUUCGAUAGACUUUUGAGGACCUGUGCUCCGAAUGUAUUCCGGAAAGGGACUCCCUCGGAAACAGAAGCAGAACCAAAUCUACUUGCUUCCAAUCCGGCCCCAAAAAGAUUCUAUGCCGUUGCGAAUUUCUUAAAAUCUAAACCCGACUUGGAUCUGCCUGCAUCUAUUUCAUUGCCGAAAAGAAUCUCUUUUGCCGCACAGGAUUUCCUGGACUCCGAGGAGCCUGACGUACCUUAG